UUCGAAAUGUUUUAAAAGGAAACCAAAAAAAAAUUCAAGAUUUGAUUGAUUAAUCUAUUUAUUUUUAUUAUAGAGAUAUAAAUAAUCAAGUAACCGCUUCUUCUCAUACUUCAAAAGUUUUUCCGCCCUUAGGAUUUUGAAAUCGAGAGAGAGAAUGGAGGAGGUGGUGGAGAGGACGACCGAGAUGGCGGAGGAAGGGUGUACGACGCCGAGAAGCUCCAAGUAUAGGAUUCCGGUGUCGUUGGUUUGUCCUCCGCCGCCGAGGAAGAAAUCAAUGGUGGCGAGGAAACGAGAUCCGCCGAGGAACGGUUAUUUUCAGCCGCCGGAUCUGGAGACACUGUUCUACGCACAUCCUCGACGGGAAGCAUGCGCUUAGAUUUGGUUCUUGUUUUUUUUUCCCGAUCUAGGGUUUGGUUUGGAUUUGCUGUGUUUUUGUAGAUACAUGUUUCCCAUUUCAGUGUAGUAUCGUUGCCCUCGGAGACUAUGACUAUGUUUUAGUCUUCGUUUUCCCUUUGUGUAUCGAAUUUGAGUUUGCUAUAUGAAAAAUGAGAUUGUCGGAA